AUGUAUCUCGACUACUCAGCCCCCGCCAAUCGCUCACCGAGCUCCUCGAGGGCGUAUGCGGGCGGCUUCCAAUCUGGCCUCUCCCUACCCCGUCAGGCCCAGCGUCCUUACGACAACGGUUUGGGCUCUUCUGCCCUGUUCCCCUCCGACCGUCUCGGUUACAACCCCAGAGCGAUGGAUCAAAUGUCGGCCAAUGGAAUGCCCGGGGGAUACAUGCUGGACAACAGCCAGGCUUGGAACUACAAUGCCGGCGGUGUUGCGACCGUCAACGGCGCCAUGAAUGGCGCGAACAGACAGAGGAGCGUCAAUCGCCGGGCUGCCCUGCCCACGAACUGGACCGACCAAGGCCUUGGUAUGCACAACUCAUAUGGAUCUGGCCUCAACAACGGAAUGUCGAACGGCCUUCGCUACGAUGGACAAGGCGACAUGCGACCCAGCUCACAAACUGAGGAGCAGCUGAUUCCCACCGCGAUUGUCAUCAAGAACAUUCCAUUCGCCGUGCGCAAGGAGACACUCGCUGCCGUCAUGUUGGAGAUGCACCUUCCUCAGCCUUACGCUUUCAACUACCACUUUGACAAUGGCGUCUUUCGCGGUUUGGCCUUUGCCAAUUUUCAGUCUCCUGAAGACACCAAGAUUGUCAUUGAUGCCAUGAACGGUAUGGAAGUUCACGGCCGCAAGUUGAGGGUCGAAUACAAGAAGAUGCUUCCGGAAGCCGAGCGAGAGCGUAUCGAGCGCGAGAAGAGGGAGAGACGCGGCCAACUGGAGGAGCAGCACCGUGCCCCGAUGCUGCACCAGCAGCCUUCUUUGCAGACUCUCAACAGCGUGUCCAGCAACCCGCCCCGUGGUCCACUGGAAGGAGAUAUUGACCUGAAUGACCCGGAGACUCUGGAGUUCUACACGGAGCUCACCCUUUUCAAGCGUGACACCUCCCGCGAGAUUCUCAUCUUCCCCUCCACUGUUGCACCCGAGCAGCGUCGUCGUAUUCAUAUCCUGGCCCACCACAUGGGUCUCGAGCACAACUCGGUUGGGGAGGCUGAGUCGCGCCAGAUCCACGUGGUCAAGCGCCAGCUCCCGUCGCCCACGGCUCAGAUCCACUCACCCGCUGUCGGGUUGGAUUACCACAAGAAGGGUCUUAGCAGGGCAGCGACGUUCGACUUCGCCGCGGACAGGGAGGCUCGCAGCGCCAGCACCAACUACUCUCACGCCAUUGGUCGCCAGGGCCCGACUCUGGAGCUUCCCGGAAGCCCCGAUGGAAACGGCCUUGCUAACCUUCGUGCCGCCAAGAGCUUUGCGGACCUGCGCUCUUUUAGCCCUAGCCCGUCUGCGUCCUCUUCGAGCUACCUUACGGCGAUGAACGGCAUCGGCAACAUCCCGCAGUCCAGCAACUCGAACGCCCGCUUCGGCGACUACAACGGAGGCGUAAACCAGUCGGGUCAGCUUGCUACGCCCAACCUGACGCCCACUUCUGGUACGGUUGGCACUCCCGGGACCGACAGCAGCCUGCUCAGCUCGCUCGGCGGGCUCAACCUUGGGUCCUACGAGUCUGCCGCGCACUCGCAGGCACGCAGCACCCCAGGUGCCAUUGGAAGCCAGCGCCCCGGUGCCAACAGCGGCAACCGCAACGCCCCCGAGAGGCAGCCCCGAGGCCCCGAGUGGGAGACCUCCGCCGGCUUCAGCGGCCGCAACCGGUCCAACGGCCAUAUGCAGCGCGGAAGCGGUUAG